AUGAAUACUGAGGAUGUUUACUCGCCAGUCAUCGCUGACAAUGGGUCUGAAGAUCUCCUAACUACUACCAGCAAAGAAGUAGUCACCCCAGGAGACCUUGGUGCUAAGCUUGAAGAGAUCAAAUUAGAAUAUUCUGAAAAUGAGACACCAUCCGAAGACGACUCUGGAUCGGAAAGAGGAUCUCUUGAUGCAACUACUGACCCUGAUAUCGAUGCUGAUAAUCAGUGGAGACCUUCUGCUUGUGUUUUUGUGGCAAGUUUAGCUGCUGAGAAAAGUGAUGACCAUCUUUGCAUUUCUGUGACAAAGCAUUUCGAACAAUGGGGUAAACUCGCAAUUGUGAAAGUGCUGAGAGAUACUUCUAAUCGCCCCUAUGCUUUUGUUCAAUAUACAACCGAUGACAACGCCAAGCGUGCUCUUAAAGAGGGUCAGCAUUCCAUUCUAGAUGGUAGAUCAAUUCGUUGUGAGCCUGCAAGAGUUAAUAGAACCUUAUACAUCCUGACAAGCAAUGAUAACGGAUUGUCGAAAGUGGAGAUUAUCAACCUUCUAAAGAAAUAUGGAGAGAUUGAACAGAUAGUAGGUGUAGAUGCUGCCGGUAAUAAGGCGCCUUUAUCAAGCAACUCAGAUAAACGGAUCAAAGAAUGGUUCGUAAAGUUUGUUUAUCGUGAUGAUGCCAUCAGGGCCUAUGCCAAUUUGCGAACUCAAGUGAGUUGGCAUGUCGAAUGGGCUCAAAAUCUGGAACCAACAUCCACUAAGAACCAGGAAACAAGCACUAUUGAUAAGUUGUCUAUCUUCAUCGGUCAACUUUCUCCAUCGAUAACUAAAGAAGAGCUAAACGAGAGAUUUUCACGCCAUGGUAAAAUCAAAGAGUCUGUGCUAGUUCAGAGACCCAAUAACGUCUUUUCAUUCAUUAAAUUUGAAGAUGAGCAAGCCGCUGCAUCUGCAGUAGAACAAGAAAACCAUGCAAUACUUAAAGAUAGAACCAUGCAUGUUCAAUAUCGUGAGAUUUAUCACACCAAUAAUUACAAACGUCCCACGAGUGAUAGUCCAAAACUUUCAUUGGCACCUCCACCGGUUAAUUUAUCCUCAAAAAAUAAUCGUAGUUUUAGUAGAAAUUUCUCCCAGAAUCAGACUAACAGAGUUGGUCAAAUGGGUACUGCAGUUUCACCUGGAGGAGGAACAGUAGGCGCAACCACAACACAUGGAUAUGGAUAUUCACCACUUGUUGAAAAUCAUGGUAUGUUCUCGAUGAGAUACAAUAAUUCAGCUGCGCCCUUCAGCUUCAACAAAAGAGCAGGCUAUUUUCGGUCAGAUAAGACCACAUCUUGGAAUGACAGAGAUGAAAAAGAGAACGGCGAAAAUGAUAAUCCUGAAAACCAAAAUGGAAAGAAAAAGCGGGCACAGUCUAAAGUUCAAGAGGCACCACAGGACAGCAAUGAUACAGAAGGCAGGAAAACGUCAUCUUCAACACCAUCUUCUACUGUUCGCACAGCGGUAUCUUCCAAUAUGAAGGAGAGCCACAUAUCAUCCAUAGCCACAGCAGCAGAUGACAAACCCUUAGGCAAAAAAUGGGGCCCUCAUCAAGACAACAAUAUCAGGUACGCAAGUCCGACUUAUGUAUACUAUGUUCCCAGUGAUAAUGUAUACGAAGGAGGGAACAACUAUCCAGCCGUUAACAACGCAGCGUAUUAUUAUCCACAGCCACUUCAAUACUUUCCCAGCUAUGAUCCAGGCCUAGCUAUUGCAGCACCCAUGGAUUACAAUAAUGCUGGCGCUGCAGCUGCCACUCCAUACUACAUGUACUAUAAUCCUGCCUCAGUGCCUAUGGGAGUGGAGGAGUCUAAUGAGAAAUUUGCUAUACCAUUCUACAGCAAUCCGUCGACUUCCAACUCGACAAAAAACAGCAAUCACAAGUAUUUUGGGAAUGCCAAUACCAAUGCCAAUGCCAGUACCAAUGCAACGGUAACUAGGAAUUGA